ACUCAAAACCAAAAGAAACCCGCAAGCUCUCCGCUCCAAAGUUCACAUUUCCCACAUCCUUUCUUCUUCCCUUUUCAAACCGAACUUCCAUGAAAAACCCCAUUUAAAACCCAAUCUUCUUCUUCUGAAGUAAUUACAAAGCGAUGGGUUGCUUUUUUGCUUGCUUUGGUUCUUCCAAAAAUUCCAAACGCCUCAAGAAUCAUCACCCUUCCACCAUUAUUCAGAGGAAUGCGAUCGCUAAGACCCACCAAUCUUCUGUUCAUACUUUGCUUGAUGACUCUAACAACACAUUUUUCCAUCCGGUUAAAGUUGGGAAUAGGAUUGAUGGGUUAGAAGUGGCUUCUGUGAAACACCAUGAGGAUGAGCAUAUUGUUUUACCUCAACAAGAUGUUGUUUCGGUUCAUGGGAAGAAACAAGGCCAGAAGGAGGAAGAAGACAGCGAGGAAAAACUAAGCAAAUCUGAAUCUUCUUCUGAAGAUUUUGUUGUUCCUCUCAAUCCCAACUUCAAAUCAUCUUGCCCUCGAAUUCAUCGAUACAGGAACUGUAAGGAUAGUGAUGAUGAAGAUGAGGAUGAGGUUUUUGAUACUCAUCUUGGCAGUGAUGAAAAUGAUGAACUUGGAAUAGUUGAAUCAAUGAAGGAAGAUUCUUCUUUGGAUGAAAGUUCAAUGGAUGUUUGUAGGUUAAACCCUACAAAUGUGAGGCAUAGGACUGCUUAUGUUUACUCUGUACUGAAUCCAGUUGAAAAUCUUUCCCAAUGGAAUGCUGUGAAAUCCAAGAAGGAAUUUUCACCGAAACUUCAGAAAGAGAAUGUGGAAUUAGAACAAGAAUCAAGUGUUGAUGGAUUUCCAUACAGUUCUGAGCCGAGUCGAGAACCGUGUGUUGAUGCCAGCCUUUCUAACUGGUUGCCUUCAUCACAAGCAACACCAGUCAGUAAGAUUACUCCAACAAUGGCUUUAGAAGCCACUAUCACUCCACUGAAAAGUGGGAAUUUGCAAGGAUCGAGCUCUCUGAAAGGAAGUGGCGACAGCAAGAUGUCUGAAGUUGGAACGGCCAGGAUGUAUCGCAGACAAGGAGUGAGUCAUAAGGAUCGUGAUUCAGCUUCUUCAUUUAAAGGAAUACCAAAUACAACUAGCAAAUAUCGAGAGGAUAAGACAGUGAAUUGGCACUCUACACCAUUUGAAACAAGGUUGGAGAGAGCUUUGAAUAGUAGAGGAGUUGCAGCUUGAAGCUUUUGGAGAACUGUUUGUUUGUUGUCAACUCUUUUAUUUUCUUCUAUGUAGUUGUGUAAAGUUUAUUUAUUUGUUUGUAAAUUAAUAUAACUGUUCGAUUUUCUUCUAUAGUCUGAUUAUAUUGAUUUGUUUGUGAAUCA